GCGGGCGCCGCCGCGAUGCAGCGAGGCGCACAGCGCGGGCAGCUAGGCUGGCACGACCGGGCUGCGAGGCCGGGCAGCCUGCUGGCUUGGCUGAUGCUGGCGUCUGUGGGCGCUGCACCCUGCCCUGAUGCCUGCUGCCCCCACGGCCCCUCGGGGCUGAAAUGCACACGGGCGGGGGCCCUGAAUAGCCUUCACCACCUGCAGGGCGCCGAGCACCUGACCGAGCUGUACAUCGAGAACCAGCAGCAUCUGCAGCAUCUGGAGCUCAAUGACCUGAGGGGUUUUGGGGAGCUGAGAAACCUCACCAUCGUGAAGAGUGGUCUCCGUUCUGUGGCGCCGGAAGCCUUCCAUUUCACUCCUCGGCUUAGUCGCCUGAACCUCUCCUUCAAUGCUCUGGAGUCUCUGUCCUGGAAAACUGUGCAGGGCCUCCCCCUGCGAGAGCUGGUCCUGUCUGGGAACCCUCUGCGCUGUUCUUGUGCCCUGCGAUGGCUGCAGCAUUGGGAGGAGGAGGGGCUGGGUGGAGUGCGUGAGCAGAAGUUGCAGUGUCUGGAGCAGGGACCCCUGGCCCUCAUGCCCAACGCCAGCUGUGGCACACCCACGCUGAAGGUCCAGAUGCCCAAUGCCUCCGUGGAUGUGGGGGACGACGUGUUUCUGCAGUGCCAGGUGGAGGGGCGGGGCCUGGAACGAGCUGGCUGGAUCCUCGAGGAGCUGGAGGGCUCAGCCAUAGUGAUGAAGUCUGGGGGUCUGCCAUCCUUGGGGCUGAUCCUGGCCAAUGUCACCAGAAACCUCAACAGGAAAAAUGUGACAUGCUGGGCAGAGAAUGACGUGGGACGGGCUGAAGUCUCUGUCCAGGUCAACGUCUCCUUCCCGGCCAGUGUGCAGCUGCAGGAGGCGGUGGAGCAGCACCACUGGUGCAUCCCCUUUACUGUGGACGGGCAGCCGGCGCCCUCCCUGCGCUGGCUCUUCAAUGGCUUCGUGCUCAACGAGACCAGCUUCAUCUUCACUGAAUUCCUGGAGCCCGCAGCAAACGAGACGGUUCGGCAUGGCUGCCUGCGCCUCAACCAGCCCACCCACGUCAACAAUGGCAACUACACACUGCUGGCUGCCAACCCCUCUGGCCAGGCUGCGGAUUCUAUUGUGGCUGCCUUCAUGGACAACCCUUUUGAGUUCAACCCUGAGGACCCCAUCCCUGUCUCCUUCUCCCCAGUGGACACUAACAGCACGUCUGGAGACCCAGUGGAGAAGAAGGACGAGACACCUUUUGGGGUCUCUGUGGCGGUGGGGCUGGCUGUCUUUGCCUGUCUCUUCCUCUCUACACUGCUCCUCGUGCUCAGCAAAUGUGGACAGAGAAACAAGUUUGGGAUCAACCGCCCUGCUGUGCUGUCUUCAGAGGAUGGGCUAGCCAUGUCCUUGCAUUUCAUGACAUUGGGUGGCAGCUCUCUAUCCCCUACUGAGGGCAAAGGCUCCGGGCUCCAAGGCCACAUCAUCGAGAACCCACAAUACUUCAGUGAUGCUUGUGUUCAUCACAUCAAGCGCCGGGACAUCGUGCUCAAGUGGGAGCUAGGAGAGGGUGCCUUUGGGAAGGUCUUCCUUGCUGAGUGCCACAACCUACUGCCUGAGAAGGACAAGAUGCUGGUGGCUGUCAAGGCACUAAAGGAGGUAUCAGAGAGCGCCCGGCAGGACUUCCAGCGUGAGGCCGAGCUGCUCACCAUGCUGCGGCACCAGCACAUCGUGCGCUUCUUUGGCGUCUGCACCGAGGGCCGCCCACUGCUCAUGGUCUUCGAGUACAUGCGGCACGGUGACCUCAACCGCUUCCUCCGGUCCCAUGGGCCUGAUGCCAAGCUGCUGGCUGGUGGAGAGGACGUGGCUCCAGGGCCUCUGGGCCUGGGGCAGCUGUUGGCUGUGGCCAGCCAGAUUGCUGCAGGGAUGGUGUACCUGGCGGGUCUGCACUUUGUGCACCGCGACCUGGCCACGCGCAACUGUCUGGUGGGUCAGGGACUAGUGGUGAAGAUUGGUGACUUUGGCAUGAGCAGGGAUAUCUACAGCACCGACUAUUACCGCGUGGGGGGCCGCACUAUGCUGCCAAUCCGCUGGAUGCCUCCCGAGAGCAUCCUCUACCGAAAGUUCACCGCUGAGAGUGAUGUGUGGAGCUUCGGUGUGGUGCUCUGGGAGAUCUUCACCUACGGCAAGCAGCCCUGGUACCAGCUCUCCAACACAGAGGCGAUCGAGUGCAUCACACAGGGACGUGAGUUGGAGCGGCCACGUGCCUGCCCACCAGAGGUCUACGCCAUCAUGCGGGGCUGCUGGCAGCGGGAGCCCCAGCAACGCUGCAGCAUCAAGGAUGUAUAUGCCCGGCUGCAAGCUCUGGCCCAGGCGCCUCCUGUCUACCUGGAUGUCCUGGGCUAGGGGCUGGCCUAGGGUUGGGGCUGGGUAGCUGGAAUACUGGAGCCUGUCCUCUGCAACCCCUGUGGCUCCCACAGCCCCAGGGUGAUCUCAAAGCAUCAAACUCACUCUCAGCAUGCAAGAGGGAGAGGUGGGGUCUAGGGGCAGAGGAUGCUCCUGCUUCUCUAGGCAAGGUUCCGCCAUAGCAAUUAUAUUUAUUACCCCUUG